AUGCGAUCUGAUGCAGUCAAACUAUCACCAACAGACUAUGAUUAUAUUAUGCGAUAUAAAGAUGUAAAAUCCAAACCUCUAGAUAUGCUUAGAGACAAAUAUCCUAUGUCAAAUACCCGUUUUUAUCGAAUAUGGAAAGGGAAAGAGGUUUGUACAAACACUUGGAAUUCAUCUUUAGCCAAUCCAGGGAAUGAUAUUCCAAGAUCUGUAACAGAAAAGAUAGACAGAAUUUCGGACGCAAAAAAAGAAACUACACCACCUGUUACCUUGCAAGAGACUGAAGAUGUUUUGGAAUUACAUAAGAGAAACCAAAAAGAUAUAGAAAAGAUUAGAGCGAGUGGUCGUACUCUUGCCUCUAAAUUAUCUGUUCCUUAG